CGCUUCGGAGUUUUCUCAAAACUCAUUUUAAAAAGUGACCCCUUUACUCUUCGUAGUACUUUAUUAAUACUACUUUAGUGGCUAGCUAGAGUAGUUUAGCGAUAAACAAUUCAGAUUUUGAGGGACUUUCCGGGGGCGGGGGCGCAAAACCCAACGCACCCCAGAAAGCCAAAAGGGGUCGUCGCAGAAAUUUCCUCGAACAGAACACUCAAGACCGACUGGAGCAAAGUGACGGCUGUCUGGUUAGUGGCAUAGUUGCUUUUCUGGUUUGCGCUUCGACAAGAUGGCGAAAGGGAAGAAGCUAGCGGCUCGCAAGUCGGUGGGUUCCAAGACUGUGGCCCAGAAGAAUGCUAUCGGAUUCGGAGGAAAGGGCAUGCCCAAGAGAGCUCGCAUUCAUUACAAGUCGGGUGCCAUUCAUGGAAUAUCAAAGCCAGCUAUUAGGAGACUUGCACGACGGGCGGGAUGCAAGCGUGUAUCUGGUUUGAUAUACGAAGAGACUAGAGGUGUGCUCAAGUACUUCCUUGAGCGUGUGAUACGAGACAGUAUCGUUUAUAUGGAACACGCACAACGAAGGACUCUGGCCGCGAAGGAUGUGCUCUAUGCUUUGAAACAUCAAGGAAAAACUCUCUACGGCUUUGGUUAAGAUUUCAUCUGUCCAGCUGAAGCAGGUUCUUCCCACUUCAGUUUCAACAACAUUAUGCUGCCUCUUUCGUGCUUCCUUGCUGUUUGUUGAAUCUACCACCUAUCAAGGCUGGACGAAGGAGGCAUUAACGAUCCCUCUAAUUGGUUGAUGCAGAGACAGCACAAGUUCUUGUAUAUUAGGCAUCUGAGCGCAACUCGUUGAGGACACGUUUUGUUCGCUCUAAACUAAAGUAAUAUCUCCUUUUAUUUGAAAGAGUGAGCUGCUUGAAAUAACAUUGUCUUGGCUGGCUAUAGACAAUAGAGUUGUAGAGUUGUAGCAAAACGCACUGGGGGUUGCCCAUCAUACACUGCUGGUUGGGUACGGUAUACACAUAGUAGGCUUCGAAUUUGCGUCGGCACUCAUCCGUCCUUACCCAGGGGACAAAGAAUGAUUGCAGAAUUUGACCCAGACCAUCAGAAGAGACUACGAUACC